GGUCAGCAUCGAGUCGGGACACUCCAGCAUCAAGUCUCCAGCAGGUACCUUCAGCUCCCGCGCCAUGAACCGAUCCUCUGCAGGAACAAAUCACACCUCGGCCCCCAACACACCACUGUCGCCCUUCUCCCCCCAGGUCCCCAACAUCGACCUGCCCAAGCCCCCAGACCCGGAUCUGGAUCCUGCCGGAUAUCUGAGGAGCCUUGGCGCCGUCCGCGAGAGGUGCAGCGUCGUCACCACCAAGGCUAUCAAAAAUGAGUUGAAGCACUUUGACGUCGACAUGGGGAAGUUCCCCGAGGUGGUCAGCUUCGUCGCCAGCAUCAUCAAGAGAGACUACGACGCGCCCUUCACCACCAUACCGGCACACGGCAGACACCAGCACUUUUGUGUGGGCGGCAGAGACCGGAUCGCGCAUCUGCUGGCCACUUGGGAGAGCCUCGAGAACGCCGAGAAGUGCCGCCGCCUCAUCGACUUGUUCUUGGUCAGCGUGCUGCUGGACGCCGGUGCCGGUACGGAGUGGAGCUACAAAAGUGUUGAGAAUGGCCGCAUCUACAAGAGGUCUGAGGGUAUCGCCGUUGCAAGUCUGGAGAUGUUCAAGACCGGUCUUUUCUCGGGCGACCAGAGCAACAAGUUUCAGGUUGACAAGGUCGGACUUCGACAGCUGAAUGUCGAUAAGAUUGCCAAGGGCCUGCAAUCGCGGGAAGGCAACGAGAUGGCUGGCUUAGAAGGGCGGACACAACUGCUCAUCCGACUGGCCGAUGCCCUCGACAGCAACAAGGAAUUCUUUGGCGAGGAUGGACGCCCUGGAAAUAUGCUCGACUACCUCUUGUCGCACCCAUCCACGCAGGCCUCGUCAAUGCCCAUCGUCCUGUUGCCGACCCUUUGGGACGUGCUGAUGACAGGUCUCGCGCCUAUCUGGCCCCCCUCCCGCACGGCCAUUAACGGAAUUUCCCUCGGCGAUGCCUGGCCCUGCUCGUCCAUGCCACAACCAACGGCUGCACCUGCUACCCCGACCUUCAGCCCCUUUCCUACGUCGGGCCGUUCCGGAUCUGCAGCGGCCUGGGAGUCGAUUCUGCCUUUCCAUAAGUUGACGCAGUGGCUCACCUACUCGCUCAUGCAGCCUAUGCAGCAGCUGAUGAAAAUUCACUUCGCCGGCCAGCAGCUGCUGACCGGCCUCCCCGAGUACCGCAACGGCGGUCUUUUCAUCGAUAUGGGCGUCCUGACGCUGAAGCCCGAGGAUAUGGAGAGGGGCCUGUUGAAAUACCAGGAACACUGCCUGCGGACGGAGACCAGGGGCAUCGAGGUCGCCCCCAUGUUCGAGCCGAGCGAUGAUGCCGUGGUUGAGUGGCGUGGUGUAACGGUCGGCCUCCUGGACCGCCUGUGUACGGAUGUAAACCAGGCCCUGAGGGCCGAGCUCGGCGGCAACCAGCUGACCCUGCCUCAGGUGCUCGAGGCGGGAAGUUGGAAGGGUGGACGCGAACUCGCCGAGAUUAACCGGCCGAAUACGAGGGAACCACCAAUUCUCAUUGACAGCGACGGAACGGUGUUUUAGUGCUGCGCCUUCGUCAUUUGUUACCCCUCGUCAUAGGUGGGAUGAGAGGCGAGAGACAGAAUCUGAUGCUUUGAAAGUUGUGUGGUGAGACCACAUAUUUCUCUUGAAAAGCGCGCACACACACAGACGCACACACAUGAGGGUCCCAAGACGACCACUCUGGCACAUACACAAUCACCUACGCCUGUCCGAAAACAAAGGUUGUGGUGAGAGGCAACAAGUUGAGGGAAGAAAUAUAAAUUGCAUUCUCCUUGGCUUCGAAGCCAGCAUUCAUUCCCCUGAUAUGAUUUCCCAUACCGCAACUACAUUUUGGGGGAGAAAUUUUCACACAUCGAAGGGACAGUUUAGAUGCAUCGGUUGCUGCGCAUAAUUGAAGGGUGUUUUUUUCCCUUGGUGGAAUAAGGGAUCAUUUGGCGUCAUGGGGAAGGGAGAAGACACACACACACUUGCCAUUCCACCCUGCAUCAUGGGACACAACUACUACUACCAAUACCACUACUACUUAAAAAGGAGGCAGGGCAAAAAAAGAAAUAAAAUGGACGGCCGCGGAAUGAGGAUCAAGGAUCAUUGUAUUGUCUAGUAAUUAUUUUUUAUCAAAAGCAUCGAAUAUGCGAGUCUUUGCCC